AUUGCUUGCUGUUCCUUAUUGUUUUGUCUCUCGUUGUUUGUUAGUUUGUUCGGUUUUUUCUAUUGUUGCAUUUGAUCCACUGUUCAUGCAAUGGCGAGCAUUAUCAAGAACAAGCUGGUCAAGCACCUGGCCAUGUUCUGCAAGAAUCUGCAGCCCGACCACAUUCAGGUCUCGCUGCUCAAGGGCGAGGGCAACGUGAGCAACGUCGAGCUCAACGGCGAGUACCUCGAGUCGGUGCUGCGGCUGCCGUCCUUCCUCAAGCUCAAGCGCGCGACUGCCAACCACUGCACGCUCAAGGCUGCGUGGACAAGGCUCAAGACAGAUCCAAUCAAGAUCGGCAUCGACCGCAUCCACGUCGUCCUGGAGGCCGCAUCGCACAACCAGCUUCACAAGGCACAGAAGGCCGCUGCUGCUGCUGCUGCUGCCGCCGCCGCUGCUGGAACUGGAACUGCUUCGGGCAAACAAUCAGGACACACAACGAGCCAGUCGAGUCAGGGCGGACAGACGGAUCUCGGCAAGUACGGGUUCAUCCACAAGAUUGUGGACGGAAUGACGCUGCACAUUGAGCAGGUCCACGUCGUCUUUGAGUCACCGCACCAUGAUAGCGUGAUUGAUCUGAGAAGCGUCUACCUGGUCUCCACGAACGGAGAGUGGAAGGCUGCGGAACUGCCCAAAACGCGCGAAAUGGACGCAACCUCCGUGCUCACCUUCAAGCAGCUCAUCAUCCAAACGCUCUCCGUUUCGGUCUGUGAGCGGCCAGACAGUGCUCCACCACGUCAACACGCGUCAGCUUCCUCGCCGACGGCGACGGGAUCUGUGCACUCACCCCAGCCAUCCUCAUCGACAUCGUCGACUUCGUCGCCACAGCCCCUCCACUUUUUCUCAAUGAACCUGGAGCCUGUGACUGCAUUUAUCACGAUGAAAAAGCUGCUCAGCGACACGUCCUUUGUGUACGGAAAGCUGCAGCUUCUGCUGGGUGACAUUGCGCUCGAGUUGAACAAGAAUCAGCUGCGAAUCGGAUACGAGUUUUUCCACUCGAUGGUCAUCCUCAUGGAGCAAGAGCGACAGUUUGCUCCCAAGGAUUUCGAAAAGAGCAAGGCUUCUCGAGUGCAGUCCAAUCCGACGACACUGGAUGCCAAGCAAGCCUUGCAGCAGCAGCAGCAGCAGCAGCAACAACAACAACAACAGCAGCAACCACAAGCUAAAAGCUCCUCCGCCAUGCGCGCACUAUUCAGUUCCGACAAGGACGCCGACGACUCGGCCGAGUUUGAAGUGUUGGGCGAAUCUGCCAUUGCUGCGGCGAACGACAUCGGGGAGUCGUCCGUCCACACCACCAUCACGACGCUCAUGCUGCGCCUGGCGUACAAGCACAACUCUGCGCCUUUGGCCAUGGUGCAGUUUGAAGACAUCCGAGUCCACCACUACCCCGCUCGUCCGUAUCGCUUCGAUCGCUCGCCGUGGAUUGAAGAGAUGCAUGGCAAGCAAUUUGUCAUGCUUCAUGGCCUCACCGAAUCGUUCACACAAGUGCGCUGCACCAAUUUUGCCGUAGUCCCGUCGAGCGGCACCGCUCAGUCGCACGCGCGCUACAUUCGCAUUCUUUCGUCUCUUGUUGGCUUGCUGAACUUGCCACCUGGCACACCCGUGUUGCACGCGGACAUGGUUGCGUACUACAUUGUUGCCGCCGACAAGAAGAAGGAGCCUCAACUCUACCAGCAGCAGCUGCAGCAACAGCAUCUCGUUCAACGAGGACAGCUCUCCAUGCCGCCUUCGAACGUGUUUUUCAACCUCAAUCCAAUCCAGCUGGUGUUUGACCGGCUCCAGUGGCUGAAUGUCUUUGAUUUUAUGGAGUCCAUCACAAACAUGACUGCGCACCUCGAGCCACUGCCGAAACGCGCCGACGAUGACGAAUCUCGUGUCGUCGUUCGCGUCGAGCUUUUGCUGCCCAAAAUCAUCCUGCCGCCCUACGCUGGACACCACGGCCCGCCCGAGAUUGCCUCCCAGGUCUUGUCGCUGUCGGCCUCCAAGAUUUGCGUCACGAAUGCGCACGACAUUACGGUGGCUGCCGCUGCAGCGGCCCUCGCAGUCGCCAAGUUCCAGGAAGACGCGGCGCUUGCGGCUGAAGAUGCACAGUCCAUCUCGUCGGGUGACUUUGGCCAGCAAGGGAUGCGAUCGCGUUCCGGCAGCAGUCACUCUCUCGCCAGCCAGGCAUCCCAGCAGCAACCGCAGCACACGGCGGGAGCGGCUCAAUCGACUUUGACGGUGGGCGGGAAUCCUGCGUCGCGCUCGCGUCGGAACAGCUUUACUGGCAGCAUCCACGACCCGCUCAACGAUAGCACGAGCAGUACGGGCAGCGCUGGGCCGACGGGCGGGUUUGCGUCGUUCGGAGCGACGCCUCGAUUGGGCAGCGACCGCUCCUCGCCUGCUCUCGCUGGCAACGCGUACUCGUCACCGAUGCAAAUGAUCAAGUCCGCGGUACCUGACUGGCUGUGGGACUUUUUCAAGGCGCGUGUCUUUUCCGACAAUGCCGAGUUUCCCAAUCUUGCCGUGGCCCAGCCGCCGGGAACGGACGCGAGCAACAUGCCGCUCUCGAUGCAGCCCGACCCCUUGCCCCUGUUUCCCGAUUACGAUAGCCCCAAUCAAGUGACCCCGGUGACCAAGGAGAGCUGGACCAUCUCUGUCGACCAGAUGUGGAUUGACAUGAGCCCAACCCCCGAUGCCAAGCCCAGCAGCCUGCUGGAGCCCGUGAAUGUGGUCAUUUCCGUGCACGAUCCCAUGCCAGCCUCCAUUUUCAAGCUGCUACGCUCGGGGAACACGGCUGUCUCGCAGCAACAGGAACCUGACGCUCUCCCCCCAGCGUUGACGUCGCCCGUUGCGAGCCAAGUCUUUAUUCGACUGAUGGGCGAGGCACGAUUGCACCUGUCGCGCCUGCGGUAUCAAUACUUGAUGCACGUUGGCGCAGAACGGCUGGAUUUGGCCAUGCAAGCCCCUGUGACAUCCGAACCUGUGAGCCGCGACUCGAGCCUCGAAUCGCCUCUCCCGGCAACAGCUCCUCCCGUCGUCAUUACCACUGAACCUGCUAAGCCAAGCAUGUGUAAGCUCUCGUGCAUUAUUGUCCCUCAAAUUUCCGUCCUUCUCGAGGACGAUGGAAGUAAAACGGUCGACCAAGAGCAGCCGAGCAGUGCCAGCGCGACCCGCCUUGACCCAUCGAUUUCAUCAGACUUUGAUGACGAGACUCCGGCAAAGCCUUGGCCUCUCAUCACGACGUUGCACGCUCAAGAGCUGCAUCUCAUCUACCAAGACUCGGGCCUCCACAACCCACAGGUCAUCAAGGGAACCGUCAAGUCCUUGUCGUUGGGCGAUGUAGUCGACCAGUCGAACGUGGCCAACGCAGCAGAGGUGCUGGCGGCUUCCAACAAGCUUGCCUUGUCUAUUGAUCAUCGCUCGACCGCUUCUUCCACAGGCUCGAAUAGCCCGCAUUUUGCCAACAUCCAGCUGCAGCAGCAGCAGCAGUCAUUCACCGGAUCGUUGAGUGGGCUGAAUGACUCGAGCUUUGCGCUCGACAAUGUCACCGCAUCGGCGUCAGUGGCAGUGCUGCCAAACGUUGCAUUCCGGCUCAUGCGGCCGCAGCCUCUGGUGCCUGGCACGGUACGCCAGGAGGGCGAGCUCGACGAGCAGUUUUUGCACCUUCAAGUGUCCCAAAUUGACGUGCUGGCCCAUGUCAUGCUCUUCAUCAAGCUGCAAGCACUGUUUGAGGACUAUGCUCGCUCGCGCCCUUCGCCCAUGCGCGUGGAGUUGACGGACUGCCGUUUGGAGCUGACCAUGCCCGCCGCAGUCGAGCAUCGUGCCGAAGCGACACCCGAUUUGACCGAAAAUCUCGACAACACGAUUCUUCCACGCACGACAGGCCAGACCAGGACGCCCGAAUCGGCUGCUACGCAGCAGCAGCGGGUGAAUGUUCGCUCUGUGGUUUUGGAAAUGACGUCCAGCGGUGCGCUACUGGUCAACGACUUUGCCGCCACGACGACAGCUGGAGAGCUCGUGUUUGCAAACACAAACCUUUUGGGGGGUCUUGCAACAACAGCAUCGGCGCUUGCUCAGCAACGCGUCCGCUCGAGCUCUGGACACAGUCUGUUGGCCACGGAGCUCAUGCUUGGCGGGCUGCAGGGCGAUGGCGACAGCUCCUGUGCCUCGCCAGGCCCAGCAUCCCCGUCGGUGCCUGCUGCCGUGCUGGCCCAGCUCCGCCGCGAGCUUGCUCGGCUGUCUCUGGAAAAGCGCCACUCGGAUCGUGAAAAGUCGGUGGCCCUGGCGGAACGCGAUGCGCUGUCGCGCGAGCUCGAUGAUGCGCACCACCAGCUGAUGCUUCUUGGCCGCACGCGCGACACGCUGCAAGCCGACGUGAAGCAGCUGAGCGCGCUGGUCCAGCAGCAACGCCACCAAAAUCAGCUCCUCCAGCAGACCGGGCCAAACGCGCAACUGCAGGCGCAGGCUGCAAGCAAGGGUGGUUCCAACAUUGACAUUAACACUUGGCGUCGCAUGCACCAAGUGAGCGAAGCCGAGCGGAAGCGCCUCGAGCUGGAGCUCGAGCGACAAAUGCAGCUGUUUAGUCGGAAAAUGCUGGAUGUCGAGGAAGAGCGGCAAAUGAGCUUGCAAGCCAAGCGCGAGCUGCAGAGCGGCAUUCAGAGCAUUCUCAAGGACAAGGACGACGAGAUUGAGACACUGAAGCGUCGUCUGGCUGCCGCGGGCCUGUGAAGCGAGUUUUUUUUGGUGCGGGAUGUGUGUUGACGAGUGUUCUGAAUGUAGAUUUAUAGACUCCAAGCGAGCCGCAGUUGAAUUGCA